CACACACACACACACACACACACACACACACACACACACACAUAUAUAUAUAUGUAUAUACACGCCCAUACACACACAUAUUGUCCUCUGCUCCAUCCCUCCCUCAGAAGCCACAGGCGCAAUCUUCUUUUGACUAAGUCAGAACAAAAGACAAAAAGAAACGAAUGGUUUACUAAGACAAAUAUUUACUCAUUAAUAACAAAAACCAAACAAUGAUAUUUAAAUGACUACAACAAAAAUUAUAAUUAAUUAUACAACCGACUAAACCAACCUCUCAACCAACUCACCAACCGAUCAACUUUAAUUUUAUUCUACAAGAUCUAAACUAAUCGAAGAGACUGGAAGCAUUUGAAUAUAAAAACUGCUUCUGAGAAUCAGUUACUCAAACAAAACACAUCUUAAGCAGAAGUGUGAACAUUAUGACGCUUAUCGACGAACUGACUCGUUCUUCGCACGAAAAAGACUCAGCGAAGACAGACCUUAUGGAGCUGGUAUCGAAACCACAGGAAUCUAAUGAACAACAAGCGAACGAUCCCCGGAAAACAGAAACAAACGAACCGAAAAUAACUUCACGGUUUGUUGCGUUGAUGCUGUGCUGCUUAUGUAUGUCAUUCCUGAUGGGUUAUCAGAUGUUGGCCGUAUCUGGUUACCUGCUGUUAAAGAAAGAUUUCCCUGGUGAAAUACGCUGGAAAGAACGUUUAGUAGGAGUUACGAGCGGAGCAGCUAUGCUUGGUUCCAUCGUCUGUGGCCAAUUGUCGGACAAAAUUGGACGAAAGAAGACCAUUUUGUUAUCUGGUGUCCUGCAUAUUAUUGGGUCGAUUCUUCAGACGACUGGAGUAUAUUACACUUUACCUGGUAGAAUUUUUGUCAGCCUAGCAUUUGGUCUCUCCUCGGUGGCAGUGCCGGUGUAUUUAGCUGAAAGCAGUCCAGCGAAAUAUAGAGGAUACGCUAUGGUUCUUAAUCAAUCUGCUUUAAUAUUUGGUCUGUUUUUCUCUGUUCUUUUAGCUGCAGCCUUCAGCUAUAUAAAACAUGAAAGUUGGCGAUAUCUAAUGGGAUUUGCCUUGAUCCCAUCGAUCAUCCAAUUCGUGGGGUUCAUCUGGUUACCUGAAAGUCCACGGUAUUUGUUACAAAAGGGGAAACUCGAUGAAGUUGAGAAAGAAAUGUCUAGUUUGUUGGUAACAUCAAACACUGAAGAGAUACAAACUCGACAGGAUCUCGGUGGUGGAUUGGAAAAAAUGUCUAUGUUUCAUGUUUGGAAGAGGAUUGUAAAAACUCCCUGCGUUUGGCGGGCACUCCUUGUUUGUUGUUCCUUGCACAUUAUUGCACAGUUAUCUGGUAUCAAUGUCGUUAUGUUCUACAGUGGUAUAUUUAUAAAGUCUCAAAUAAAAGACGACUCGAUUGCAUUAUGGUUAUCUUCUAUACCAAUGUUUGCAAACUUCCUUUUCUCGUUUGUUGGUCUUUACCUGAUAGAACGAAUUGGACGACGUAAAUUACUUUUCUUCUCAACUUUAGGUGUUAUUAUAUCAUUACUCUUUAUGGGAAUAGUCUACUUGACAAUUGAGAAUCAGAGCUACCCUGUUACCGUUUUUGAAGAUGUAGCAAACAGUUCACUCUGUAUAAAACAUAGGUCUUGUUUAGAUUGUGUCGCAGACCGACAGUGUGGCUUCUGCUAUGUGAAUGGACCGUCUCUGGAAGUCAUCAAUGGCUCUUGUCUUCCAGUCUCUCAGGAAACGCCAUCAGUAGCAACUGGUCGUUGCAAUGCUUCCUCCUCCACGAAUCAGAACUCAUUAUUAGCAUGGGCACACAAUGUUUGCCCUUCCAAUCUGAUAUUCUGGAUAUUAGUUGGUCAAGUGUUAUAUAUUGCAUGUUUUGCAUCAGGUUUAGGAUCAUUACCAUGGACGAUAUGUGCUGAAGUCUAUCCAAUGUGGGCUCGUAGCCAGUGCAAUGGCAUCGUUGUUGGAGUUAUGUGGUUGUUUAGUUGGUUAUUAACAGGAAAUUUCCUAACUUUAUCAGAACAGAUUACAUCAUAUGGCUCUUAUUUUCUGAUGGCUUGUAUUACGCUGGUUGGCCUCACCUUUUGGUAUAUUUACUUACCUGAGACGAAAGGGAAAAAACUUGAAGAAACUGAAGCAUUAUUUUCAAAACCAUUUUGUUUUUGUUUUAAAGGUUAUAAAGAAAAACAGCCUCUGUGAUGAUCUUACUCUGUACAUACAGGUGUGUUUGUAUGUUUGUGUGUGUGCUUGUGUGCUUGCAUGUGUGUUAGUGUGAGUGUGUAUACACAUAUAUAUAUA